ACAGGUAAUAUUGUUCUUCCUGGUACUGUUUGAUGGAAUGUUAUUUAGCUACGAAGCAGAGAGGAUACACUAAGCUCACUGGAUUACAAUGGCAGUCCUUUCCUGUUAUUAAGUAACCAUGUCAACUGCAGUAUGGCUGUGCAUUCUAAUUGCUUGCUUGACAUGGAAGGAAGCAUCAAACUUAAAAUCAGAAUACAAUCUUUGUGAAGUAAAUCGAGGCCACUACCCAAAUGGCGACCACUUCCCAGCAAUUGGUGAUGUGGCGACUGUCUUCACUAACUGGUCUAACACCAGCGACAAUGGUUUUUAUCACUGUUUUAUGAAGUUUACCACGUGUAACAACUGUCAUUUUCGAGUGGAAGCCGUCAACGACUUUGCAUUUCCUCGGUGUUACUGGCGGGAUAUUUUCAACCACUACAAUGACCGCUGUGCUCCUGGAUGCACGUACCUGCACAUGUUCGACCCAGAUUAUAAGAAUGAAACGGGCCGAUCCUACAGCCAAACGCCGUGGGCGCAGAAAUUCCAAACCGAGUCGAGCAAACUGUACAUCAUUGUGUGCUCGAACCACAGUACUGUUAAAGAUGUCAAGCUUAAAGUUAGACUGCGGGUCAUGGAGAAAAAGAUGAACAUACGUGGUUCUGCCUAUGACAGUCUAACACAGAGAUACAUCCAUUCUCCAUUUUUCCCGCAAUUUUACACGGAAAAUGAGGAGAUCUACAUAUAUGAAUGGACGGCCAUGAACAAUGACGAAUUUAUUCAUCUCACCUUCGAUGACUGGCUGAUGUCUCCCCAAUCUGUUAUUUGGUUUGAAUAUGCUAACGUUAAGGGUGCAAUUUACGGAAGCAGUGCUCGUCCUGUGGUUUAUUCUGAUGGAAACCGACUGAGAAUGCGUUUCAGAACAGGCUCAACCCUGUCCUCGGACAAUCGCCAGUAUAUGGGCUUCAAGGCUACAUACAAGUUCUUUAAUCAGGAAAUUAAUAGACAGAAAAUAAUCACAGGUUGUGGUAAAUAUGAUCUUUCCCGUGAAGGUGGAACUAUAAAGUUUGAACCAACAGCAAAUCCUAAUGACUACUAUGACUGUGUUUGGGUGGUCAAGCGACAACCACAGUAUGACCACAUCUAUGUGAAGCUCAUUAGUUUUAAGGGAUCUUUAGUGUAUUAUCAUGGUCAAACAGAUAAGCUUGAAAUACGGGAAUCUUUCACCUCACUUGGUAGUAUAGAAGCAGCUGUCACCCCUGGCAACGCUGAUGAAAUAAAAACCUACUCUUUUGAUGCAUCUGAUGCAUUUUACAUUCGCCUGCAAGGUCGCUAUAGCAACAGUGAAGAUUUUAUUCUGGCCUUUACCUCGUUCAAAUAUGGAAUCUGUAUGAACAACCAGUAUCAAUGCUUGAAUAACAAAUGCAUUCCAUACAUCCUCAAGUGUGAUGGCUAUGACCACUGCGGGGAUAACUCGGAUGAGACUUCCAAAGCUUGUGGGAGAAACCCGUACUCUGACGUGACGUCAUAUACAAUCAGCAUCGGUGUCAUCAUCCCCAUGGUCGUGUCCAUCUUCCUCAUCGUGGUCAUCUGUCUUCUCAUCAUCUUCAUACGCCGGUGUCGACGCCUGGCUUUACAGAAUAGACAAGCAGCUAAUGGGCAAAUCAAUUCCAUUUCUGGAAACACAGAGCGCAGAAGUCGACAUCGCAACAGAAACCGAAUCCAAAUGAAUUUGACAAUACAGCAGGAUUCCCCUCCGGCAUAUGAUGAUGUCAUUCGUAACACUCCCAUUGGAUACCUCAACAUGGCAUUCAUGUGGUCUCAGCCCGACGAUGCGAUGAUUUCACCUCCGUCGUACGAAGAAGCUACCAAUGCCACUACGACUGACCUGCCGAGACUGAACACCACUGAGCACGCCCACGAUGCCUCGCUGAGUUCUUCGAGUUCCGUCGAAUCAGGUCAUCCACGCCCCCGCAUUCUACCCCCAUCCUCCGACAGCUCGACAGACGACUCUCAGACCAGUCACACACGGGCAGGCUCUUACUCCGACUCAGACUCCACCAUCAACGAACAGAACAGUUACCACGUUACCAACGGCACAGUGGUGGUCGGGGGAGUGGAGUCAUCCCACGGUCAGCAUCAGCCAGAAAGUCAAGGUCAUAAACCAGUGGACGAUUCGUUCAUUGUUCCUGUGAGUUCGGCAGCCUUGGGGAAUAAGCCAGAGAAUCAGUCGACAUCAGAGAGUCAGUUGGUGGUGGAGAGUCAGUUGACGUCUUCUCCUGCGGAACCAGAGAAUGGCGCAGCAAGCAGCCCUUUGAUGUCUCGAGGUAGCGGAGGACACGUGAAUGGAACUGAAUUGAAAGACACGUCUGAGAGGACAAGGAUGAAGGAUCAGACCACAGUUGGUGGAAGAAAUGAUGGUGGCUCGGAUAGACAGAGUUCUGCUGUUAAUGAACAUUGCGUUGCCAGUCCGUCUUGUACAAACCACACUGAUUCAUCAAGGUCUGUUAUUGGCGAGAGUUCCCCAUCAGGUAGAGGUUAUGCUGAUUCGUCGAGAUCCGACAAUGGCCGUAGUUCCCCGUCCUAUACAAACCACAAUGAUUCAUCAAGAUCCAAUUUAUCAAGGUCCACAAAUUGUUCAGACAGUACAGAUUCGUCAAGAACCGCUGUAGGCCCAAGUUCCCCAUCUCGUACAGAUGGUGCCGAUUCAUCGAGAUCUGUUAUCAGACGGACUUCCCCAUCACGUACAAACCGUGUUGAUUCGCCUCGAUCCGUCACCAGACCAAAAUCUUUUUCAGAAUUGGAUCAUCCUGCUGUUGACUCAUCUCGAUCUUCAGUUAGUCCAUCUCUAACAAAUCAUGUCGAUUCAUCUCAACUGGCUGAGGGUGGGAAUCGUACAAAACGUCCAUGCAGACUGAUUGUGUUGGUGUAUCUCAGCGUGUUAGUGGACAGACUUCAGAUGCAGACUGUGAAACACAGUUGUGCUCGACACAGAGUCCAGGUUGUGAGGUGGGAGUUCCAUCUCACCAGGAGCAGAUAACUCCAAGUAGAGUGGCGCCACCGGAAAGACGAGAAAGACGCACAGUGUUGACCAGGGAGAUGCUGUUGUCAUUCCCAAAUAAUGUUGAUCAUGAUACAUUUGUGUGAAGUCUUUACUGGUCAUUCAAGUCUAUACGUACAUUUGUGUGACGUCUUUACUGGUCAUUUAAGUCUAAUACAUAUAUUUGUGUGAAGUCUUUACUGGUCAUUUAAGUCUAUAUGUACAUUUUUGUGAAGUCUUUACUGGUCAUUUAAGUCUAAUACAUAUAUUUGUGUGAAGUCUUUACUGGUCAUUCAAGUCUAUACGUACAUUUGUGUGAAGUCUUUAUUGAUCAUUUAAGUCUAAUACAUAUAUUUGUGUGAAGUCUUUACUAAUCAUUUAAGUCUAUACGUACAUUUGUGUGAAGUCUUUACUGAUCAUUUAAGUCUAAUACGUACAUUUGUGUGAAGUCUUUACUGAUCAUUUAAGUCUAAUACAUAUAUUUGUGUGAAGUCUUUACUAAUCAUUUAAGUCUAUACGUACAUUUGUUUGAAGUCUUUACUAAUCAUUUAAGUCUAUACGUACAUUUGUUUGAAGUCUAAACUGAAGAUUUAAGUCUAUACAUUCUAUACAUUCUAUAGGUUUUUGUUUGAAUGUUGUAUCAUAAUCAUGGAUAAUUGUUCAAUCAUCGUUCCCCAAAGAACACCCAUUUGUGAUUUAGUUAAGGCUUUAAAAAAAUGUUUUCUUUUUACAUGAAUAUUUAUAUGAAAUGUUAAAUAGUUUCUUGUUUAAUGUAAAAUGGUUUCAGGGUACAAUUCUUUGAUACACAUAUCAGCUGUAUCAGCAAACUGUGAUGUUAAUCUACAUUGGUUAUCAGCAGUUCAGUACUUUAUUGUGUUAUCCAUAUGGUUAAACAUACCCAUGCCCUGAACAUAUAAUUCCCUGUGAAACAGCUUUCAUGUAUGACUUAAUUUAAGUGAGUUUUAUUCAUUUAUAAAGGUUUAUUUUAUUUCACAUAUAAUAUGCUAUUUUUAAAAAAAAGUUUUUGAGUUAAAAAUUUUUUAAAUAUACAUGUAUAUAUAUAAUAUUAUAUAUCUUAUUCUAUUUAAAACCACAUUGGUUUUGGUGCGUCAUUCCUGAUGUAGUGUAUUAUAGAUCAGGGUAACUUCCAUUAUUUCUAAAAGGUUCAUUAUGGUAGUAUAUUUCUCAUCUGUUAUUCAAUCAAUAUUUUAUAUAUGAAAUCUUGUUACUAUGUAUAAAGGGAAUUAAAUUUUAAAGAAAAGUUGACAUGUUUGCUUUGAGAAAGCUUUUAAAAAUAUUUUAAAUUUGUUAUUAUGCUCAUUUGCUUUUUCUUCCUGUGCAAUUGGUGUUGUUACUGAAGUGUUGUUUCUAUUCAAGUGUUGCUGUUUAGCUGGUCUAUGCAAGAAAUCACUCAUGCCCCUAGAGAUAACUUUUAGUGAUAAAGGUUUAAUCUAUAUGGCCUGUUUAAUUUUUAAAUUACUUUUUUUUUAAAUCGAUGUUGCCAUGAUUUUUAGUAUAGUUUAAAAAAUCAGUUGUGUUUUCAACAAAAUGUUUUAAGUAUGGUUACUAUAACAUAUCUGCUAAUGGACCCUCUUGUUACCCAUACAGGUAGUUACAGAGAAUACUACAUCAGUGGGCAUUAGGUACCAUUUACCUUACGAGUUGUUUUAAAACAUAGCUAAUGAGCAAAUGUGUUAAAUAACAGUGCAGUCCAUUUCCGGUUAACUUUUACGUCACAGUGCAAUCAAUUGUGAUCAUGCUUUUUAUCAUUGGAUGUUAGGUACAGCCAAUUGUAUGUCUUUAAAUCGAUAAUACACAUAUUAUUGGUAUGUGUUAUCAAUUUAACUAGUUUGGUUUUGUACAACAGUAAAGCUACACCACUUUAUAGGGAGCAUUCACCCUGUGCGCUACAUCUUGACAGACCCACAGCAGACUGACUAAUAAAAUGUUUGUCAUACAGUUUCUCUUUGAAGCAAUAUGUAGGAGUAUAUUAUUAUUGUAGGUAUAUGCAGUGACGUUAUUUGAAUAGUGAUGUCAUUUGAAUUUGAAAAAUAACAACAGUUCAUUGCAGCUUUUUAGAUAUAUUUUUCCCUACCAAAAUAAUUGUUAGUUUCAUAUUGAGCAACAAUACCAUUUACAUUUAUGGUAUGGGUCGAAUUUACAAGGCCUGUUUUUCUUAAACUCAGGUGUUUAAGCAUUGUAAAUGUAUGUAGUUUCACACGUGUAAGAGGUAAACAGGUGUUUAAGCAUUGUAAAUGUAUGUAGUUUCACACGUGUAAGACGUAAACAGGUGUUUAAGCAUUGUAAAUGUAUGUAGUUUCACACGUGUAAGAGGUAAACAAGUGUUUAAGCAUUGUAAAUGUAUGUAGUUACACGCGUGUAAGACAUAAACAGGUGUUUAAGCAUUGUAAAUGUAUGUAGUUUCACACGUGCAAGACGUAAACAGGUGUUUAAGCAUUG